GGGUCCAAGACUCCAAGGUCAUCAAAAUUAGAACCAAAUAAAUUCAAACAACAUGGGUUGUUGUGGAGAGGAAGAGGAAGAUAACCUCCUCCACCAACCCCUUAUCCUCUCUCCUCCGCCGGAGUUUCUCGAAACCACCGCCACAACCGCCGAAAAUUUAACCAUUUCUCCGAUGAACUCACACUUUUCCGCCUUAACUUGCCGAGAUAUCCUCCGAAUCAUCUUCGAGAAGCUUUCGACCACCGAUUUAGCUUGCGCUGCCUGCGUCUGCAGGAUUUGGAGCUCCGUCGCUGCCGACAGGGAUAUUCAAACUGCGGCGUUUAAGUCUCCAUGGAAAUUGAAGGAGAUUGUCGGAAAUCCAACUUCUGGAAGCUUCUGGAGAGUUAGUAGCUUGAGUAAGUUUGCCAUUUCUCAUCGUAUUCUCCGAGGUGAUUCUGUUGCUAGUCUUGCCGUCAAGUACUCUGUACAGGUUAUGGACAUCAAACGGCUGAACAACAUGAUGAGCGACCAUGGCAUAUAUUCAAGGGAAAGGUUGCUCAUCCCUCUGAACAAUCCAGACAUCCUUAUCAACAGCAUAUGCUACAUAGAGCUUGACGUGUAUGCAAAAAGAGAAACAGCAGUCGUGUAUCUGGAGGGAGGUCCACCUGUGAAUAAGUCUAGCUGCUCCACUAGUAGGGCAACCUCAGAUCUGAGUAAGAGAAGGGUGAUUGAAUCUGUUAGAAGGAGCAUGCAAGUCGAUGAUGAGAUUGCUCGGUACUAUCUAUCUAUAACCGAUGGAGAUCCUCGCUCUGCAAUCUCUGAAUUCUCUGAGGACCUUAGAUGGGAAAGGCAGACAAGUCUAGCCUAAUUGAAUGUGAAAACAGAAACGUACCCGUUGCCAGACCAGAAGGCUUGAUCAUAUUCUACACAAAGCUUUAGUGCUGUUAUCUAUGUGAUUCUAUACUUGAUCAGAUACGAAAACAGAGAAUAAUUCAGAACUUCUAAUGGUUACAUGGCUAUUGGGAUAUUCAACUUAAUAUUAUUUCUUCAGUCAUAGGCGGGCGUAUCUGUUUGCCUACAUCCAGCUCAAAAUGGCAGGUAGAUAUUACUCGCAUAUUACUCGAGUUUGUUAGUCGAUAAUUGUAAGUUAUAUGUAGUACUCCGUAAUAACAUACUCUGUACUUCGUAUAUGGCAAAAACCAAACAAGGCAUACUGUAUAGUGUAUUCAUUUACUAAAUAAGAAGCAGUGUAAAUAAGAAGCUGCUCAGAUACCAGAAAUCUGGAACUGUAUGAUUUCUGGGUUAAAAAUUGAAAUAAA